AUGGAUGGAAGCCUAGGGGAGAUGUCUGUCCAAAUCCACUCUGAGCUCCACAGUCAGGAUGGCAGAGCGAUGCUGCAUUCACGGGACCUUUCAGCUGCUUUCCCCAGGCCCUCCCUUGGGGGGCACUCCAUGUCCCUGGAGCCUGAGCACCGACCUCCAGGUUUCGACCACUCCAUGUCAGCCCUGGGCUAUGGAGGAGAUGCUCCAUCUAGCUGUGGCAGCACGUACACCACACUAACCCCCCUGCAGCCCUUCGAUGACAAAUUUCACCACCACCAUCACCACCACCAUCCCUGCCUGCCGGUCAGCAAUGUCAUCGGGAGCUUUACUCUCAUGCGUGAGGACAGAGGCUUGGGUGGCAACUUCUACAACCCUUACGGCAAAGAUCUGGGGAUGACACAGAGCCUUUCGCCACCUUCUACAGGCUCUGGCUUGGGGACACCCAUGCACGGUUACGGGAGCCUGGGAAACAGCCCCAACGGCAAUGGUGGCCAGAUGCUUCCAAGUGGUUACGAGGUCCACGGGGGCAACAUCUUCUGCAGGACGGCAGACUUCGGCAGGGAGAUGUCCCCUCCAGGGCUGGGCGGCGACUCGUCGGUCAGCCAUCAGCUGAACAAGAUGGAGGCUCACCAACACGCGCCCAGCCACCAUCCUCACAUCUACAGCCAGCACUAUCAACACCACCACCCCAGCCAACAGUCCUCAAAGGCCGGGGAGCUCCCCCACUCCUCGUCCUCUUCGCCCAGCAGUGAGGGCAUGCUGCCCAGCUCCCAGGGCGGUGGAGGUGGAGGUGGAGGGGCUGGAGAGGAGAUCGACACCAGGGACGUGGCCCAGAGGAUCAUCACUGAGCUGAAGAGGUACAGCAUCCCCCAGGCCAUCUUUGCAGAGAGGGUGCUGUGUAGGUCACAGGGCACUCUGUCUGACCUCCUAAGGAACCCCAAGCCCUGGGGCAAGCUCAAGUCUGGCCGCGAGACCUUCAAGAGGAUGUCCCGCUGGCUGCAGGAGCCCGAGUUUCAAAGGAUGGCCUCACUGCGGCUGGAGGCUUGCAAGCGGAAGGAGCAGGAGCAGAGUAAACUGGAGCGCAACCAGGGCCCCAAGCGCACCAGGCUGGUGUUCACGGACCUCCAGAGACGUACCCUAUUGGCCAUCUUCCGGGAGAACCACCGGCCAGCCAAGGACCUCCAGGUCACCAUCUCCCAGCAGCUGGGCCUGGAGCUCUCCACCGUCAGUAACUUCUUCAUGAACGCCCGGCGCCGCAACGUCAACAAGUGGGCAGAAGAGGGCCGCCCCUCCUCCACAGGCUCCUCGGGCUCCAGCGUGUCCUCCUCCGCCGUGUCCUGCAGCACGGCCUGA